CCUGGGCUCCCAGGCUGCUCAGUCCAGCUCCUCAGCGCUCACGGUUUGCUCAGCUGAUCGCUCAGCCAGGAACCAUGAAGCUGGCCCUGUCUCUGCUGCUGGUCACGCUGGCGCUUUGCUGCUCUGACGGUGAGUGUCACGUCCACUCAGACACCAUCAGCCGGGAAGGGCCCUUCUCCGGUCCAGCAAAUGCCAAAACCUGUCCAGCCCUUCAAAACGAAGCGAGAGCCUUCCUGUUGGACAUUAAACCGCUCUUUCAUUCCAUCCUCAAGACUUUUCCGGCACCUGAACCUGCCUACCAUUCCACGAUGGCUGUGAAGUAUUGCGUAGAUCGGAUGUCCUUUAGCAACAGACACAAAAUUUACGACGUUGUGGAGGCUAUAGUGGACAAGUGCAACGAAUAGAUUCCACAAACCCCACCUACGAGGGCCCCUGCUUUCACGGAUGCCCUGACCUUCCCUGGAAAAUGUAGAGGUUUCAACGUCUUGCUUCAAUAAAUCACUUGCCCUGCA